AUGGCAGACGCACCACCGACGUUCGGAUACGCCGAUUCUUUCACACCCACUCGCACCCGGAAGAAACGCAGGAUCAGGCUCGGGAAGGACGCCCUAUCACCUGCCGUCCUCCUGGAUCGCGCCACGGAGGAGCUUACGGCAACCGACUGGCUGCGUGAUUGCAAACAGCUCCUCCGCGACGCGCUCGCCUCCCUGCGCCUCUCCGCGCAUCGCGUCCUGUGCCUGGGCCUAGGCAGCCCCGCCGCAUCUCGCGAUGCGCGCGCGCAACUCGCGUUCCUCCUCGCUGUAUGCGACGACCUGAGCCUCGACCGCACCCACAUAUCCGUGUACGACCCCGUUUUCACCGCGGAUGACACGCGGCUCCUGGACGCGCUCGGCGUCCACCGCUUGGCCGAGAACAGGGCAUGUCGCUUUUUUCAGCGCUUUUUGCUUCCGUAUCCAGGCAACUCGCGGCGAGCAGGCUAUGCUGUCGACGAGCCCACGAUCGUCUUCAUGCCGCACUGUGACCUGCACCUUUACGAGAACCUGUUCCGUGAGAACUGGACGCAAGCGCGCCUGCCCAACCUGGUCCUUAUCGCGAACCGUCUAAGCGAGUACGCCGAAAAGUGA